UCAGUUUACUUGAGUAAUAACUGCAUUCAGCUUGUGACCCCAGUAAUUGCUCCUGACAUCAUACUCAUCUGGACAUUUUUUUGUCAACAAUAUUAACAAACGAGGAGAACAUCAUAGAUGCAUAUGGGAAGAGAAAAGGAAUUGGCAUCCUUUCAACUUUUUAUGUGAAAAUCUCAAAUCAUCCAUACAACUGGGUACAAUUUUUUUUAUCUUUAGUGGAAGUACUUCCAAAGUUAAGUCAUCAGAAACAGAUACCUUAAUAUACAUAUUUUGGGGGAUUCAAGGAUUGUCUGAAAUAUUCGUCUGAAUCCAUUUUCAAGAAGAAUUCAAUCUCAUCUUGGAUUUUUUACAAGCAAACUGGGAUCUAUGAGUGGAAAGGUGAUCAAGCCUAAGGAAGAAAAAGAUGUCUCAAAGGAUUUAUCCACAAACUGACGUUCCUGGCUGCUUCAUUAAAUCUGGGGAGAAGACAAACCAAGAGCAACAGACUGUUAACAAAUUUUGGAUGAAGCUCCCCCUGGCACACAGGAAUACAUUAUGUUACGUCACGAUUCCAUCCAGUCUGCGGAGUUAAAGAAAAAAGAGUCCCCAUUUCGUGCUAAAUGUCACGAAAUCUUCUGCUGCCCUCUGAAGCAAGUGCACCUCAAAGAAAACUCAGAGCCGGAAGAACCUCAACUUAAAGGUAUAGUAACCAAACUGUAUAGCCGACAAGGAUACCAUUUGCAGAUCCAAGCAGAUGGCACAAUCGAUGGAACCAAAGAGGAGGACAGUACUUAUACAUUGUAUAAUCUUAUACCAGUUGGUUUACGAGUUGUGGCUAUUCAAGGGGUUCAAACGAAAUUGUAUUUGGCAAUGAACAGUGAAGGAUACCUCUACACAUCAGAACAUUUUACACCGGAGUGCAAAUUCAAAGAGUCAGUAUUUGAAAACUACUAUGUGACAUAUUCUUCAAUGAUCUACAGACAACAUAAAUCUGGUCGGAGUUGGUUUUUGGGUCUCAACAAAGAAGGGGAAAUUAUGAAAGGAAAUCAUGUGAAGAAAAAUAAACCUGCAGCUCACUUUCUGCCAAAACCCUUAAAAGUGGCAAUGUACAAAGAGCCUUCACUACAUGACCUCACAGAAUUUUCCAGAUCAGGAAGUGGAACACCUACAAAAAGCAGAAGUUGUUCAGGAGCCUUAAAUGGUGGGAAAUCUAUGAGCCAAAAUGAAUCAACGUAGCCAGCCUCAGACAAAACAAAGGCUACAGAAAAUACCAUAAUGGAACCUUACCUCUGGAUGCUGUUGAAUUCUUACUAGCAGUAUUUCAUCCAAAUGUUCAAUUAUUCAGGACAAGCCACUGAACUUGCCUAGAUCACUCACGUGUCUCACUCAUUAGAUCUCUGGGUUGUCAAUGGAUCCCAUUAAUUUAGAAUAUGCAUUUUGCAUUUCAGAAGGCACCUGGAUAGUCAGCAAAACAUACAGUGGAAUAAACUAUAGAGAAGACGUACACUGUUCUCUAUUUAUAUCACCUAUGCUUUGUGGGAAAUGAAAACAGAAACAUUUCACAGAACUCAAUGCUGAUAAGAAUUUGCUUUCCAACCAAGAAUAAUAGACCACUUUUUGCUCUUUAAAUAAAACUUUACUGCUUAUAUGUUUUAUAGGGGUGAGCAUACAAAAUGUAAAAUUGUUUUUCUUGGCUUACAGUUUUAUAUAUAUAUAUGCGCUUGAUUUCAUGUAUUAUUCAUUUGGAAAAUCGCAACACUGAUUUUUAACAAAUUCAGCUUUUUGAACUGUAUAUUUUCUUCCAUUUUUUUUAUGCUGUGUCUCACCAACAAACUAAGGUUGGAACUGAGAUUGUAUCUCAGGCUCAAGUAAACAGUGUUCUGUAAUUUAAAACUAACUGAAAUUAUAAUUUUCCAAAAUAUAUUUGUAGUUUCCUCGUUAGGUACAGUGCUGACCCUGAUCCGUAUGAACAAAAUUGUAAUGUCAACCCAAAAUAAAAUAUCCAAUUAUGGAUAAUAUAAUCCACAUGCAUAAUGUUCUCUUAGUUCCAUUUUGUGUAAAAUGUCAUAUUAAUGUUGUGGCUUCUUUUUCUAAAAAAAGAAAUGAAAUAAAUAAACUGUGGAAUUAAGGUGAAGAUUUUUAUAAGAAGUGUCUUAUUUGUAAAAGUCCUUUUUUUUCAAUGUUUGAUGUCCAUGAGUAUCAUAGACAAGGAGACAUUUGGACAGGCUAUGUCUAAACAACACUUAUGCCUGCUAUUUAAAUAUUAGUUAGUUUUUUAUUAAAUCAUCAUAACCAUUGCAUGGGAGAAAAUGGCUCAUUUGGAAUAGAAGUGCAUGAUAUGUUGGUUUUGUUCAUUAAACAAAUUUAAUUAAAUACUCCAGACAUUAUACAGGUUUUCAUGUCUUGUUUAUUAUUUGUUGUGUACACCAAAAUGCACUGAAUAAAAAAUUUAUAUUCUUAUGUACUUUUUUAAAAUGUUACUAUAUUCAUUUAAUUGGCAAAAUCUGUAUUUUAUUUUUGUUUUCUUGUUCUUUCACCCAAAGUUUAUAUACAAUAUUCUGGUUUAAAAGAAGGCUAUGCAUACUUUCUGUUUACAUGUUCAUCCAUAACAAUUUUUCUUUGUAUUUCUUUUUUUAAUAGGAUCCUGUUUACGUUGAAGCAAAUUGUGCACUUGUAUAAUAAAUAUGUUUCCUUCAGCUAAA